AGCUCCUGUCUGGUCCGCUCAGAACAGCAGCAGGAGAAGAAGAACCCUGUGGAACCUUCCUGCUGUAUCUGCGGCUCCCCGUCGGAGCGCUUUCACCGAGACACCGGAGGACAACUUGGAAGCAGCCGUCGAAGCUGAAGCUCUGGAGAUGAGCACCAAACAGGUGACCUGCAGGUAUUUCCUCCAUGGCGUCUGCAGGGAGGGAAGCCGGUGUCUGUUCUCUCAUGACCCAAGCAGCAGCAAACCCUCCACCAUCUGCAAGUUCUACCAGAGAGGAGUCUGUGCUUACGGAGAGCGCUGCAGGUACGAUCACAUCAGACCUUUGUUCAGAGCAGGAGGGGGAGGAGCUUCAGAGGAUCCUGCAGGUGGAGGCGGAGCCGGAGGCAGAGCUGGGAGGGGUGGUGUCAGGAAGGUGGUUCUGAGAGACAGAGUUCUGGGUUCUGACGGGGUGUUCGGGGGUCCGGUUGAUGCCGUGGGGUUGGAGGUCACGGCGGCGGCGGCUCCACAGUCAUACGUGGAUGCCAUCAGGACGGGCCUGGACGCUGCAGCACCAGAACCAGCUCCUCCCUCGGUGGGUGGGGCUUAUCAGGACCUCCCACAGCUGUGUCCAUAUGCAGCUGCCGGACACUGUUACUAUGACGACACCUGUCCAUAUUUCCAUGGCGACCUGUGUGAGGUGUGUGGACUACGCGUGCUCCACCCCCACGACCCUGAGCAGAGGAGGAUGCAUGAGAAGGUGUGUCUGCUGGCCUUUGAGGCCGACAUGGAAAAGGCGUUUGCAGCUCAGCUCAGCCAGGACAAGGUGUGUUCCAUCUGCAUGGAGGUGGUGGUGCAGAAGGCCAACCCAUCCGACCGCAGGUUCGGCAUCCUGUCCUCCUGCUGCCACACCUUCUGCCUGGCCUGCAUCCGACAGUGGCGCUGCACCAGGAACUUCUGCAACAAGAUCAUCAAGUCGUGUCCAGAGUGUCGUGUUGUCUCUGAGUUCGUCAUCCCGUCGGUCUACUGGGUGGAGGACCAGGAGGAGAAGGACCGGCUGAUCGACCUGUUCAAGUGUGGAGUCAGUAAAAAGGCCUGCAAGUACUUCGAUCAGGGUCGGGGUUCGUGUCCGUUCGGAGGAAAGUGUCUGUACCUUCACGCCUUCCCAGACGGAACCAGAGCGGAACCCGACAAGCCCCGGAAACAGCUGAGCUCAGAGGGAAACGUCCGGUUCAUGAACAGCGUCCGGCUUUGGGACUUCAUUGAGGAGCGUGAGCAGCGGUCGGCACCGCCUCUGCCAUCCCUCGAUGAUGACAUCACGGAGCUCCGGGAGCUCUUCAUGCAGAUGUCGGGGCCGAGCCAUGAUGACGCCGAGGCUCCGCCCACCACUGACCAGUAGAGGCUGUGUUAAAGCCACAUUCCAUCAUGUGAUCCGUCGUGUAGAAUCAUCCUGUCCACGGUGAUGGACUCCAGAUAUCCUGACUUUAUUUAUUGUGUCUGAUCUGCAAUAAAACACAGAUACCAUCUGCUCUCUGCACUCAUCAGCCAACGAUUAGAGAAAAUCAGCUGUUCAGAUGCGCUGCUGGACCCACAUCCAAUCAGAAGCCUUGCAUGAGCAGUGAAAUCACAACAAUUCAAACCAAUGGGGUUAGAGAUCUCUGCAGCUGUGAGAUGUGAUCGUUUUCGGUUCUACAGAGAGGUGGUUUAAUUCCUGACAUGAAAUAUUAAAUAAAUUAAAAAAAAUUUAAAUAAACAGCUGCUCUCAGAUCUGCUGCUCCAGAGGAUCCAAUGAAACCUCCAGGUAGUCAGGAGAGGAACCUUCACAGAACUCUGAGGGUUCUUCACAUCUAACAGGAGGUCCGACCUGCUUCAUCACAGCUGACAGGAAGUUGAUCCAGACUGGAGGUAAAUCAGACUUUCAGAAUAAGUUUUCAGAUGUUUCUACAAACAUCAGAACGAUCCACCUGGAGAUGGUUUCAGGAUCUUUGGUUCAUCUUCAGUUGACUCUCGUAGAAUGUCUGUUUCAGUGUUUCUACAGUUUAUCAUACAUCUGAGAGUAGAUGCAACACUAAGGUUCAUCCUGUAGAACCGACUGGAGUCACAGCUUGACUCCAGUCUUUAUGAAGGAUUCAUUCCUGUUCUACUGAGAAGUAAUCUGAUUACUGUGAGGGUGUCGAGUUUAGAACCAUGAAGUGAUCUCAUCAGUAGAACCCCUUAACGUUCCUCCUUUAGUUAGUUUUUGUUGCUUUCAUGUCUGAAAUAGUUUCACUGUUUGAACUGAUGAUAACCCAAAGAAACAACAAACUGUAUUUUAAACUCUGUGGAAACAUUAAAGAAACUCACUUUAA